AUGUCAUUUCUCGUCAGUCGCAAAGACCACCACCGUUCAGGCGUCAAAAAAGAAGUCAAGCGCUUUUUGGGCGAAAAAAAAGCAGGGACUGGAAUUGACCCUAAAGGUACUUUUAUUGAGUUUUUGAAAAAAGAUGUGAAGCAAAAUCUAGAUGUCCACAGAGAUACCGUAAAAAGUGUGGAAAAUUUAGACUCAAGAAGUAACUUGCCAGCAUUAGGCUGCACAAAAAAAUAUCGAAGUGUAGCUGCCGAGAGCAGAGAGCCAGUUCCAUACAGGCUAGAGACGGACCAUAUUUCUUUCCGUGCAACUGACAGCAAAACAGGCUUCAUUCAAGCAGGUAAUAGCAUAAUGGGCAAGCCGAACCAUACAGUCCCUAAUCCAGUUGAUAAAGGCUGGUCUCCAACAGUCCAUAAGGUAUCUAUGAGAAACUGCCAGAGCACCCCUUAUGAUAUCAUAAAUUUCGAAGAAAAUCCCAAUGCUGUUGUGAGGAAAGCUAUCAAUAUUGACGCGAGGAGGGAAAAAGGAAUCACUGAGUUUUCAGAUUUAACGAGACCACUGCAUUCGGGUGUCAAUAAAGAGCAUUCUGAGGCGAUUGAAAAAGAUCAAAGGGUGUUUUUUAGGAAAACAGGGAUUUUUACACAUAUUUAUGAUGCGGCUGCUAGGCUUGGAAACAUUACAAUGCCAUUUGAUAAGCACCAGGAUUUAGGAGGGAGACCAGCUUUUAAGUGCUAG